AUGGCGUACAAUCCGCGAAUGUCGAUAAUACCGCCGGCGCAAACCCAGUCGCGCACCCGCAAAAAGGAGGAAGAAGCCGAUGCUUUCAUGCGGCUGCCGGAUAGGGAGAUCGUCGGUUGCAUAACAGACAUCGGCAUCCCCUUCACUGUCGCCGACCUGCAGAAGCCAAACCCGUUACAAGUACAAAUGAUUUUUGAGUGGUUCGCCGAGCUGUUACUAAAUGCGACCCGCGACACUGUCGAGCCGGCGAUGCGCGCUGCCGCCGAAGAUGUAUGCGGCGAGUUUGUCGAUAUAGUGCCUCCCGAUACUCGUAACCUACUGGGAUUCUACGUAUCACUGCGUAAACUACUUCUUGAGUGUGGAAUUACAGACUUCAGUUUUAGCGACCUAUAUAAGCCCACGCAUCCACGCCUCGUCAAGAUUUUCAGCUACCUGAUAAAUUUUGUUCGCUUCCGCGAAAGUCAAACGAAUGUUAUUGACGAGCAUUUCAACAAAGCCGAACAGACCAAGGCGCGAAUCGAGACGCUAUACGGCGAAAACCAGGAUUUGGAAGCUAGACUGGAAGAGAUGCGACACAAUCGGAAGGCGAUGGAGGCCCAGGUCCGCGAGAAGACGGAACGCAAUGAGGAACUAAAGAAGACAUUGCUGGAGUUACGGCGGAACCAAGAAAAGGUCGCAGUUCGGUUAGAAGAGGCUAAGGCGAAGAAAGGAGAACUAGCACAAAGGCUCGAGCAAAAGACAACCGAGAAAAUGCUGCUCAAGCAGGAAAGUGCCAAGCUACGACCGUACACUCUGCAAAGUCCCCAAGCGUUGCAAACAAGUUUGGCGGAGCUCAGCAAUACUCUCAAUACAGAUAAGGCCCAUAUAGAUUCUCUGGAUCGACGGGCAAGGGCACUACAGACUUCAACCGAUUCCUUCGGUGUUGUUGCGACGGAUGUGGCUUCUUGCAUCAAACUCCUCGACGAGAUCUCCGUGGAACUGGCCAAGGAGGAAGAGGAGAAUGCCAGAAAUGCUAAACAGCGAGAUGCGUUGUCAGAACGUGGCAAUAACGUCAAAGAAGUGGAGAGAGUAGAAGGAUUACUACAGAGACAAUUAAGCAAGUGGAACGAGCGUACGGAAAAAUUGCGCGAACAAAGUCAGGAAAAAGCACAGGAAGCCAAAAGGAAAAUGGAAGAGCUCCGAGCAUUGCAUAAGAAACUAACGGAGGAGCGAGCGACGAAGGGUACGGAGAUCGAGAGGCGGAGAGUCCGAAUCGAGCAGACUGAGAAGAAGAUGCUGGACCUCAAGGAAAACAUCGAGAGAGAAGUUCACAGCGCAUAUGACGAAUAUCUGAAGAUGGAGUCGCACAUCAAGCUGUACAUCACAGAGAUGGAGCAGGCCAUAUCCAUCUGA